CAAUAAACUCACUGUGCACUAAUGAUAGUAUUAUAUAGUUCCAUGCCCUUGAUCAAUUUCUACCAUAGACAUUAGAGAUAAUAAUCCAACCUCAUAUGGUAUUCACUAGAUGGCUUCAAAAAGAAUCGAAAUUGGUCUGACUCUGACUCUAGCUCUGGUCCUCAUUCAAUGGGAUGGAGCCAGAGCACAAUCAGACUGCACUGCUGCACUGGUGAGCUUGUCCCCAUGUCUAAAUUAUGUUACUGGAAACACAACAACGCCCUCGUCAUCUUGUUGCUCACAACUAUCAAGGGUUGUUACAUCACAACCCCGGUGCCUUUGCUCCGUGCUAAAUGGUGGUGGCUCCUCUUUUGGUGUUUCUAUUAACCAAACUUUGGCUGUUGCACUUCCUAGUGCAUGCAAUGUGCAAACUCCGCCUGUGAGCCGCUGCAAUGCUGGUGCAAAUGGACCAGCAGCUUCAACUGCUGAUAGUCCUCCAGCGGACUCUUCCAGAGAAUCACCAGAUAAUCCUUCAGGAACAGAGUCAAAGACUACUAGUGGGAACACAUCUGAUGGAAGCAUUGUGGAACUACCGCUUCAUCUCAGCUAAUUUGAUCUUCAUUGCUGCAUUUACUGCUUUUGUGUCAACUAUCUUCUUGCUUCAAGUUUUAGGAGCUUUGAACAUUUUAAGGUGUUUUUCGUGAUUGAUGAUUU